AUGUGUGAUACAAUGCCAGGGGAAAUGGAAAGUGAGAAUUUUUACUCUGUAUCUCAGAGCCUGCAAUCAGCAGAAGCAAAACGAAACGUCUAUUUGAAAGUUAACCCACCUGUUACCCUCAAGUUUGAAGAUGUUGUGCAUAAAAUUAAAAUUAGCAAAGGGGAAGGCUUGUUAUGCAAAAAGAAGGUAAGUUCUGAGGAGAGAGUGGUGUUGAAAGGGGUUAGUGGUGUUGUUUUUCCAGGUGAAUUGUUGGUCAUUUUAGGCCCUUCUGGGUGUGGCAAAACAACUUUGAUAACUGCAUUAGGAGGCCGGCUAAAUGAUAGUGUCUCCAGUGGAACCAUAACCUAUAAUGGAAAACCCCUCACAAAAUUAAUGAAGCAUAACAUGGGAUUUGUUGCUCAACAUGAUGUCUUCUAUCCUCACCUGUCUGUCAGUGAGACACUAGUCUUUUCAGCUCUUCUUCUCUUGCCAAAUAGCCUCUCUAAAGAAGAGAAAAUCUCAAAUGCUGAGGCAGUUAUGAAAGAACUUGACCUGACUCAUUGUAAGGACACUAUAAUGGGAGGGCCACUCUUAAGGGGAGUUUCAGGUGGAGAAAGAAAAAGGGUUAGCAUAGGGCAAGAACUUUUAACUAAUCCAAGUCUCUUGCUUGUUGAUGAACCCACUUCAGGCCUUGACUCAACCACUGCUAGAAGAAUUGUGUUAACUCUGUGUGGGUUAGCUAAAGAGGGAAGGACUGUCGUAAUGACUAUUCACCAACCUUCCAGUAAACUUUUUUACAUGUUCCAGAAGAUUUUGCUAUUGUCAGAUGGUAGAAGCCUGUACUUUGGGAAAGGAGAAAAUGUUAUGAAUUACUUCUCCGGUAUUGGUUAUGCUCCAUCCCUAGCCAUGAAUCCUACUGAUUUCUUACUUGAUCUUGCAAAUGGUAUAUAUUCGGGAAAUUCGGAAGAGGAUACAAAUGCUACAAAACAAGCACUAUUAUCUGCUUUUGAAUGUAACCUUUCAUAUCAAGUAAAGAUGGAACUCCAAAUUUCCAGGGUUUCAUUUCAUGACAAUUCAGAUGAGAAAUUUGGUCAAUGGUGCACAACAUGGUGGCAGCAGUUUACCAUAUUACUAAGGAGGAGUUUCAAAGAAAGAAAGAAUGAGCAAUUUUCAGCCCAAAAACUCUGUCAUGUUUUGGCCUUAUCAUUCUUUGCAGGCCUUCUCUGGUGGCAAUCUAGAGUUGAUCAAAUGCAAGACCUGGUAGGACUACUUUUCUACUACACACAAUUCUGUGGAUUCUUCCCAAUGGUCCUGUCCAUCUUUACCUUUCCCCGUGACCGUGAAAUGAUAGUAAAGGAAAGGUCUUCCUACAUGUACAGAUUCUCAUCUUACUUCAUAGCAAUUAAUGUUGUUGACCUUCCAGUGCAGCUAGCCUUGCCAACCCUUUUUGUCACCAUUACUUAUUGGAUGGGAGGGUUAAAAGCCAGUGCUUCAAUUUUCUUCCAAACUCUAGCAGUUGCUCUUCUCUAUGCAUUGGUAUCACAAGGUAUUGGCCUUGCUAUUGGUGCAGUGCUGGUAAAUAAUCAAAGAGUAGCUGCUACAGUUGGGGCUGUGGUCAUGACAUUAUUUGUUCUAGUGAAUGGCUAUUUUGUGCAGAAUACACCAGCAUUUGUGUCAUGGAUAAAGUGCAUAUCUCAUAGCUAUUAUUCCUAUAAGCUUUUGUUGGGUUCACAGUUCAAGGAUUAUAACACAUACCUUUGUGGUUCCAAUGGUACCUGCUCAGUUGGAAAGUAUCCUACAAUUAAGCAUGUAGGCAUCGACAAGCAAGGCUUCUCUGUUGCAGCCUUGGUGGCAAUGCUUGUAGGCUACAGAAUUAUUGCCUAUGUUGCCCUUGUGAUUGGCACCAAACAGAACUAG